UGUGAGGUUGCUACUAUUUGUGACUUAUGAUCAACAGUCAAGAUGAGGACAACAGGGCAGCUUCUCUUCAUGUCUUUCUACUUUACAGUGCUUCAGACAAUCCCUGCUCCUGUCAACUUUACAAUAUUGUCACACAAUUUCAAGCACAUUUUGCAGUGGAGCCCUGGAAUAAAUUCUCCUCCAGGGACUGUUUUCAGUGUGAAUCAAAGCUGUUAUCACAGAAAUCCUCGACGUCUGCAUCUGAACAUUAAAAAUACGACAGUAGAUGUCUCUGAAACAUUAAAAGACAUCUAUACAUUAUGCACAUUCUUUCUUUGGGCAUCAACUGACAACAUGACAUCAUCAAUAGUUAGUAAAGGAAUUACACCAUAUGAAGACACAAUCAUUGGUCCACCCAUUAUAUUUCUGUCUGGCUGUGGACACUGUCUGAAUAUUAGCAUCUCUCUACCCAGUGAAUCAAGGAAUGUAGAUCAGCUGCAUCUGUUUUAUAAUUCUGUGUCCUUCAAUAUAAGUUGGAAGAAAGCUGGGCAGAAUGAGGUCAACCACAUCUUUACAUCAAGUAAACAAUAUGUCCUGCAGAAUCUUCAGCCCAGUAAUGAGUACUGUGUUAAAGUACUUUCUCAAACCAAUUCCAACCACAACACUCAACCAUCUGCUUGGCAGUGUGAAUACACUAGUAAAGAGGAGCAAAGAGGAAUGCUUUAUUUAAUGAGUUGGUCACUGGGAGUGGCAGUGGCAGGUUCAGGUGUGCUGCUGCUUGCUUUGAGUCUGGUUUACACUGGAUCUAUAUGUAAACCUAAGACGCCUCUUCCUAAAUCACUGGGUAACAUCACUGAAGUGUACUAUCUGAUUCCUGAACAGAUAUUAUUUGAGUGUGUGUCAUUGACUGGGUCACAGUUAAUCAGUGCAUCUAAAAAUCAUUCCACCGAAAACAACAACCCACUAAAUGCAGAGGAAGAUUCAGAAAGCAACCAAAAUGAAGACGAGGAAAACUAUGUCAACAAGGCAGAUACUGAGGAUGAGGAAGAAGAUGAAUGCAAUUGCAACUACAUGAAUUGUGGAACUGACAGCAGUGCUUGGGAAACUAAUAAUAGCGAAGGGAAGGCUGCAUUUUCAAUUUUGACUCUCCCUAACAGUUUAGGGAUCUACCAUAAAAAAGAAGAAGCCAUGGAACAAAUCAGUCCUGAUAAAUUUGCUUGUAAAAAUCUAUUUCCAUUAGACAUGUCUGAAGAUAGAAGCAGACACAUUAAAAUCAAACAUGCUGAGUUUGAAUCAAAGGGGAAACAAGGUGAUGCAGAAGAUGUCUCAGGCAACAUCAACUUGUUUUCUGUCACUUUGAGAGCUCUGGGACCAGAUGAGGACUUGGAUGAGGAGGUUUGUAAACCUCUGCUACCCAAAUUAGUGGAAAAUAAAGUUCAAGAAAUACCGAUAUCUGGCAUCAAUCUAUUGGAGACACAGGACAGAAACCAUUGGUUUUGUGCACCCACACAGGAAGAAAUUAAAACAGACGAUCCAGUGCAAGUAGAAAGCCAAGAUCUCCUUUCUUUAUGUUCUUCUGAUUUGGACAUGGGGACUGAGCAUGACACAACAUCAGGAUAUAUGGUGACCCAUACAGGAAACAUGCAUCAACAAAAUGGGUCUUUGUCAAAAGACUGUGAUAAAGACUAUAUAUCAUGGUAAAGAAAUAUUUAAUUAAAGACAUGUUGAACAUGUUCACAAUGCAAAAAUUACUAUAAAAUGUUCAUAUGUAAAAAUGGUUAAAAAUGUUGAUAUAUGCAUCUGUGCACUGUAUAUGAGGAAAAAAAAAAGUUAUUGUGAAACGUUUGAAUGUUUUAAAUGUUUUCAAUGAAGUCUCUUCUGCUCACCAAGGCUGUAUUUAUGUGCUCAAAAAUACAUUAAUAUUGUGAAAUGGUUAAGAAUAUUUUUAUUCAAUAAACUGCAUUGAAGUUUUUACAUUGAUGAUACUAGGAAUCAUAAAAUUUCUGAAAGGAUCUUGUGACAAACUCUGGAGUAAUGAUGAUGAAAAUUCUGCAAUUACAAAUUGUAAUCAUAUUUACAAUAUUACUGUUUUCACUGUUUUGUUUUUUGUUUCUGUAAUUAAUUUGUGUAUUGUCACUCAGCCCAGUACUGGAUCUAGAUCUGUGAAGCCUGACAUGGUGUUGAAUUGUUAUAAACCUAAAGUUUGGACUUGUUAGAAAAAGGAUAAGAAAUAGAACCUUGUUUGAAAAAAAUAAAUAAAUCAUGUCUCUGUGUUAUUCUAAAUGUAACUGCCAGUAGCAAUGAGUGUACAGUAAAUACAUUUUGCAAUUUCAUUUACCAUAGAUUAAUUGCUACUUGCAGUUACAUUUAGAAUUACAGUAAGACAUGUAAAUAUGUAGCAUUUUUGGAAAUGUUAAAAAUUUAAAAAAUGUUUUGAACCCUUUUUGUCUUGUCGUUUUGAAUCAUGUCCAAAAAUUGUACUUGCUAGAAACACAAAACUGUGUAUUCAGUACUUCAGAAGACAGUUCCACAUGACAUUAGAUUUCACAAAUACCAGUUACUGUUACUACAGUAAAUCCAUUGUAAAUGUUUUUUUGUUUAGUUUUUUCUGGAUUAAAAAGGUAUUCUUACUA